AUGGCUGCCGAAGUGGCCAUUGCCGACGAAAUGAGGAAAGAGCUGGAGAAUGACAACAUUCAUUAUAAAUCGGUACGAACUCUCAAGCCUUUUGUUUGUCCGCAGGAACUAGCAGUAUUAAAAGACUUGAUCCUGAGUCGCGUGGCCUCCGAACUGAGCGAAAACCUCCGAGAGCAGCAGCAGCCAACAGCCAAGAGAGCCAAGGAGGAGAGCGAGAGGGAGAAGGAAGCUGCUCAGGAGGCGGAGGAAGAGGCUGCCAUCCUGGCGGAAGUCAAGGCCAAGAGGAUGUUCGCUCCUCUUUCCGGCCUCUCAGCAGAUAUUCCCACAAUGAAGAGACAGAUACGGUACCAUCAGUGUUACUUCAAUCCCAUCUCUUGCUUUAGGCGGAAGUAAAUCUCAUGAUGGCUGGCAACUCAAGCAGUGACGUCAUGCGAUCCCGCUCGAAGUGCAUAUUCUCCCAGUGCAAUUCUUCUCUUUCAUAUCAUCCAUGCCUAUUGUAAUCGAAGGGAUAUAUAAAAAGCCUACUUCACUGGACAACCAUUAGAAAAUUUGCAACUCCAAACUUUGUUAAAUAAACUUCACAAGGCUUCCAGUUUAUGUAUGCUAACCUAAGUUGUUUGUUGCUAGAUUUCCUAACUCGUCAUUUUCUUUCUGUUCUGGUAGUUGCGUCAUAUCCCCUUAUCAUUAACUAUUCUCAUUUCUUCAGUGUUUUCCCUCUCUGUUUUCUUGGGCUUGUCAUUCUCUUCUUUAUACUUUUCUCACUCUAGCUCAUUUGGAAAGUAUAACAGUCUUUAAUACUAUAAUUAUUCCUUUUACUAAAAAACAAAAUUGAUUUUGCCCUGUUCUUAGGCAAUUAGGCACUCGCAUCUACGUUCAGAUUUUCAUACAAUGCCACUUUUAUUAAGUUUCAUUUGUUUCUGUUCUUCAUAAUGGUCAUUACAGUUUUCCCUUUAUCAAAUGUGUAGGAGAGGUUUAUAGUAAAAAUGUGCCCCGUAAAUUCAAGUUAUGUUAAUGUUAUCCAAUCGGUCAUUGUAAAUCCAGAGCAUUGAAGUUUAGAGAUGAACAAUUUAUGUCUAUUUGGCUGCUAUGUUCACUUCAAAUACGAUAAAAAUCAAUACAAAUUUUUAUCGGGUAAUGGCUGAAAUCACUGCUAGAAAUCAGUGGAAGUAAGGCCACAAGUGACUUGGAUUAAAUUGUCCAUCAUGCUAUUCACUCACCAACAACAAUUUGGUAUAACUAUCUAGCGUUGACAAGUACUUUCAGUCAACAAUAAUACGAAACUGGCGAAGGAUUUACGCACCAUUCUAAUAAAAAGUUGAAGAAAAAGCCACUUUUGAUUCUUCACCGAAAUACCAGUCAGUUUCAAAACAUCCCAUGUUGAUCAAAUAGUCUGUAUUUGACCCCUAUCUUUCUUAGGUGGUCUCUUAUUUCGUAUGCUGAUAUUCAUGUUAUCAACACUAAUUACAGAAUACUAACGAAAAAUGUGCAAACACUGUACUCCAAAACCUCGUGCUCAAGCCCUGGUGAAACCAGAACAACUCACUGCUGUAUAUAUAUCAACCUUCAGACUGCUCAGGGUCUACUCAAGUACUCCUCUGAAUUAAUGUUCUUGCAACUGUCAGCUAAUAACGUUUCCCUGAAUGUUAAUAUUAUCAAGUUGUUAAGCUAAUUUCAGUCCUCAGAGCCAGUCCACUGAUUGCAUUACUGCUUGCGUAGCCAAAGUUUAUCCUUAACAGGAGGAUGUACUUAGAUUAUUGUUGUAAACUGGCACCUCUUAGCGUUUACAGGAAAGUUAAAAACCAACAACACGCUUUGAAUCAUGUGGCAAAAACCAACUUUUGUUUUUAAAUGAAAACCACCUUGCAAAAGAAGAGCGCUUAUUACUUCCAACUGACAGCUUUACUGAAGCAACUUGCUCCUAGAUCUUUGAAUGCAAAUUUGCAAUAAACAACAACAUAAAAUUCAUUUCAACACCAAAAUUGUAGAGCGUAUGACCAGUCAACAUGUACACUUAGUAAUACCAGGUUGGUUAAUGCUAGUAGUCUACGACAAAGUACUGUGUAAAAAUUCCGGUGACUUACUGAUAAAGAAUCCUUUACGUAGCUGCAUUAAAACUCACAAAACCUGAGUCUUUUUCCAAGGACUGCUGGUUCCACAAAGCCUGAAAUCAAUGGUAAGGAACGUUAUAUCUAUAAAUUAGCUCAGUUAACACCUGGAAUUAACUAAAACUUGUUGAAUUCACGAAGAUUGAACUUAAGGGGUGUGUUCCCAACCUUGGACUUAUCUGUAUGGUUUCUAUGAUGUGAAAAUGCAAGUAACAGUGCUUACACCAGAAACAACGUUUCAGAACUACAAUUGAAGAAACCUAAGCCUACAAUACAAACUCAGCGCGAACGUAUACUCCUGCCGCCUAAAAUCUGCACUAGUCAAAAUGAUCCACGGGGAACUCUUGAGUGUUAAAACUCCAACUGAAAAUGACUCGAGUGACUGGAUGAAUAGGCGUCUCAACAUGACGAAACAAGUCAUAAGUAAACCUCUGAAAUUUAACAUUAAUGUAAAUUUCCUUUAGUUAAGAAAAAAUCACUAAAAUACCUAUCAAAUUUUAUUCCAUACUUCGGGGUUUCUGAGACUGUUUAAGACCCAGUUAGCUUCACUUCCCUCAGUGACUAUAAAUACCGCUCACGAUUCGUGGAAGAGUACAUCAGUGUUUCUCUUACUUGCGUCUUAUAAUUCAAAUCCUGUGGACGGAAAUUCUAUAAAUCAUAUAUAAUCAUAGCAAUCAACUAGGCUUGGUUCAUCCUUAAUCAUGAAUGACUUUGCGAUGGCAGUCGUAGUAAACUCCCAUUCAUGCAAGCGCCGUUAGUAUUCUUGUAAAAUGCGUCUUUCUUGUGUUCAAAUGUCUCUCUAAAUUACUCGUCAGAUUAGUUUUCAAUCUGUUAUACUUUCAAGAUUCCAAGGCACCUCUCCCUCUCUCUCUCUCUUUCUCUCUCUCUCUCUACUGCGUUUUCACCUUAUAGUCCAUUCUACCCAGUUUUUAUUUAAAAUUCUUACCCAAGCAAACGAAUGUUUCCUUAGUGUCACAUACAACAACUGCAUCAUUUGCCAGAGAUAACGAUCAGAGAAGAGGUUUAGCUUAGUUUGAACACCUCCUUUUAAAACACAUAUGGUAAGACUACUGGAGGGUGUAACAUAACUUUUCAGGUCCCUAACACUGCCUCUGAAAACGUGAAUGUAAAGUAUAGCCUCUCUUGUAGACCGUGAUCAUGCACGCCUGCUGUUCAAUAGCGUAUCCUAAACCUUUCGUCAUAAUUACAUCGGUAAUUGAGGGAAACUUUGAUAAAGCAUGAUUUCAAUUAAUUCGUUUCAAGAUGAAUAAUCAUUUCUUCAGGGCAGUGACACUUUCAUCCCUACAUCCAGCGGUCUUCGGUACUAGUUAGUCAGAUUUCAUGAUUUACAGACUCUAACACAGGUAAUUAAUCAUCUAAAAAAUCUGAGGUAGUUCAGUUUAAGGUAUACAGCAUCAAUGAAUAGUCCAGUCCACGUAUACAUAACUUUAAAUUCUAGUAAAAGAAUUCAGCAUUCCAAAAAUUCUAUCAGACAUUCACGUUAUAACAAAAUGUUUGGCCAUUUAUCCACACCAUUUAAGACUACCCCUUUUUCUGCUGUCCUUAAGACUAACAGGUCAAAAAACCAGCUUGUCAAGCCAGUUAACAGUUGUAUGUUAUAAGUUCAUUCAUGUGACAAAAUUAUAUGUCAUCCUUAAUAAAAAAAAAAAAUAUAUAAUUAAAUGCUGCAUUUUACAAAGUAUUUGUAUAAAUAAACCUUUCAAAAUAAUGGAGGAGAAAUUCUCGUGGGGAGGGAGACCUUUCCCACAUACACAGAGAAGAACAGGUUUAAAAGAAAGGAGAAAGGGGAACAAAAAAGUCCGUUUCCAAACUGAGAAAAUCUAGGCGUCUGCUUUCGAAGGACAGCAGCCCAUAAAGAGAAAAUGAAAGAAGAGGAAGGGGUGAGAUCAAAAUAGAGGGGAGAGGAGUCGAUGCCAAUAAGAACUGUUUUGCAUAUCUUAUCUGCAGAUUUUGCCAAAAAAGGAAAACGAAAAAAAAUAGAGAAAAAAACUGUCUAUUUUAAGGAAACGAUAAAAAAACCGACAUUUCUUAUCAAAAGAGAGCAUGAUAUAAAGAAAAAGGGACUAAAUAGACGAAAAACGCAGAUAAGGUUCUAUCCUGGAGAAACAUGCAGACAUGCCCUUUUAAAAAAAAUAUCCCAUACGGGAAAGGAAAACUUGUUAAUUUGGAUGUUUAAAACAGCAUGAUUAUAUUAAGAUAUCGUUAGGAGUUAGAUGUUCAGUUGC